AUGUUCUCCUCCAUGGUGAGCGCGGCUUCCAAGCUGGUCGCCGGUGCCAAUCUGCCGUACGAACUCGGCGAGGAGUACGCCUCGUUUGCCGGAAAGACGCCGUGGCGGCUGUACGCCGGCAAGUCGCGGAAGCUGGAGUGCGACGUCACGGUGUUCCUGUACGACAUCAAGAAGGGGACGGACGCGCAGACCGAGCUGGCGCGCAACGCGAUGCGCCGGUACCGCACGCUCAAGCACCCGUACUGCGUCAAGUGCCUCGACGCGGGAGAGCUCGCCGACAACGGGCUCAUCUUUCUGCUGACAGAGCCGGUGACGCCGCUGGCAGACGCACUCGCGGAGCUGUCGAGGACGCCGUCGUCCCUCGUGUGGGGCCUCUACACCCUCGCCGCCGCCGUCAACUUCCUCUCCAUCGACUGCAAGAUGGCGCUCGAGCCGCUGCUGCGGAUCGCCAAGGACGGCCUGUCGGAGGAGGACAUGCAGUCACAGGCCACCUCCCUGCCGUGGCCCCGCCUCGUCGCGACCACGGACGACCCCUUCUCUCCCCUCCUCACGCCGUCCCAGGUCGUGCCCACCGUUGUCAAGCUCUUCGCGAACACGGACCGCUCGAUGCGCAUCCCGCUGCUGCAGACCCUGCCCGCGCUGAUGGAGCACCUGUCGGCGCGCGUCAUCAACGAGACCGUCUUCGGCCUCGCCUCGCAGACACGCCACGUCUCGCUCGGCUUCGCAGACACGUCGCCCGUGCUGCGCGAGCUCACGGUCAAGCCGAUGGUCGCCAAGUCGACGGUUGCCAAGUCUCUUCACACCCCCUCCUCCUGGGAGCAGGUCAAGUCGAUGGUUGCCCUCGCGCCGAAGCUCUCUCGCGGCAACAUGGGGCAGGCGCACAGCCUACCGCCACCACUAGCCGGCAAGGGGGCGAGAGGCGCACACACACCGCGCAAGAUCGCCGUCCACCUCGACGCGAGUGAGAGGGAGCGCGUCCUCAUCCCCGCCUUCACGCGAUCCCUCAAGGACCCCUUCCCGCCCGGCCGCAACGCCGGCCUCCUCUCCUUCUCGGCGACGCAGCAGUACUACAAGCCCAUCGACGCCGCGACGCGCGUCCUCGCCGCCGUCGCGCCGAUGGUGCUUGACCCGGAGCGAGAGGCGUCCGCGGCCGUGGGCAAGCCUCCGGGCGAGGCGUCCUCGGCCGACGCCGACGCCGCGGACGACGCCGUCUCCAAGGCGGCGGACACGGUCCUCAAGUCGAUGAAUUGGCUCACCUCGGCCGCCGCAAAGGCGGUCGGAGCGCCGCAGCAGUGCGGCCCGAUGGGCGGCGGCCCGAUGGGGGCAGCCGCGCCGAGCGGCGGCAACAUGAUGAACUUCGGGUCUGCCGCCGCCAAGCCGCCAAACGCCUUCGAUUCGCUCGACCCGCUGGCUAUGAUGGCCGCUGGCAAACCAAAGAAGGCUGGCGGUGCGAUAGCGGCGAAGAAGUCGAAUGACGACUGGGGCGACAACCCGUGGUAG